CGGCGGCUGGCGGGCCAGGGCGGCGGGGGGCCGGGCCGCCCCCCCCCCGGCCCCGCGGCUCGGCGGCGGCGGGUGAGGGCGGCUCGGCGGCGGCGAUGGGGUGCCUGCAGAGCGUGGCCUGCAAGGCGCGGGUGCGCCGGGAGCAGAUCGUGGUGUCGGACGUGUCGGCCACCAUCGAACCGGCGGCCACGGCCAUCGAGGAGAGCUCGCCGGUGGUGCUGCGGUACCGCACGCCGUACUUCCGCGCCUCGGCCCGCGUCCUCAUGCCGCCCAUCGCCCGGCGGCACACCUGGGUGGUGGGAUGGAUCCAGGCCUGCAACCACAUGGAGUUCUACAACACCUACAGCGACCUCGGCGUGUCAAGCUGGGAGCUGCCGGACCUGAGAGAAGGAAGAGUAAAAGCCAUCAGCGAUUCGGAUGGCGUGAGCUACCCCUGGUAUGGAAACACCACAGAAACCGUGACCCUGGUCGGGCCCACCAACAAGAUCUCCAGGUUCUCGGUGAGCAUGAAUGACAAUUUCUACCCCAGCGUGACGUGGGCUGUCCCCGUGAGCAACAGCAAUGUGCCACUGCUGACCAGGAUUAAAAGGGACCAGAGCUUUACCACGUGGCUGGUGGCCAUGAACACCACCACCAAGGAGAAGAUCAUCUUGCAGACUAUAAAAUGGAGGAUGCGAGUGGACAUUGAGGUGGACCCCAUGCAGCUGCUGGGGCAGCGGGCACGGCUGGUGGGAAGGACUCAGCAAGAGCAGCCCCGGAUCCUUAGCAGGAUGGAGCCCAUCCCACCAAAUGCACUAGUGAAACCCAACGCCAACGAUGCCCAGGUCCUCAUGUGGAGACCCAAGCGAGGCCAGCCUAUCGUCGUGAUACCUCCCAAGUAGAGCAGCCCCAGGGCGUGCGUGUGAGGGCCUGGGUGCUGCAAGUGAAUGGGGUUUCUGAGCCAAAGCAGGCCUCUCGGGUUCUCCUGCCUUUGUAUCUAUGGCUGGAAACGUGGCUCCUCCUGAACCAGAAAGAGUUGGCUGGUGUGCAGGUGUGGAAUAGGGAUCGCUGAGCUGGAGGAUUUCCCAGGAAGCAGAAUCAGUACUCCUAGGAGCUUGGAGCUGGCAAAGAGGCUGUCUCACCUAAACGACUCACCUUUCCUUGCAGGGCAAUGUGAGGAGGAUUGAACCAUGCCUGUGGCCAGUGCUGCUUUCCACCCAACUGGAGGUAGAAGCGGAGACCGUGUCUGC